AUGGCUCCUCUUCUCCCUUUAAUUUUCUUCCUCAUGUUCUCUUCAAAUAGUGCUCAGGGUCCCCCCUCACCUGGCUAUAACCCCAGUUCCAAAAUUAGCACAGUAGGGUUUGAUCAGGGUUUUAGAAACCUAUGGGGACCUGAGCAUCAGAAUUUAGACCAGGGUGCAGUAACAAUCUGGCUUGAUUCUAGCUCAGGAAGUGGGUUCAAGUCACUUCAUCCAUAUCGUUCUGGAUACUUUGGAGCAGCCGUCAAGCUCCAACCUGGUUAUACUGCUGGUGUAAUUACAUCAUUUUAUCUCUCUAACAAUGAAGAACACCCAGGGAACCACGACGAAAUCGAUAUCGAGUUCCUCGGGACAACCCCCGGAAAGCCCUACACUCUGCAAACCAAUGUGUACAUUAGAGGAAGUGGAGAUGGAAACAUAAUUGGGAGAGAGAAGAAGUUUCAUCUCUGGUUUGAUCCAACACAAGACUUUCAUAACUAUGCUAUAGUAUGGAACCCUACUGAGAUCAUAUUCCUGGUGGAUGAUGUGCCCAUAAGAAGAUACCAAAGAAAGGGUGAUGCCACGUUUCCAUUGAGGCCAAUGUGGGCAUAUGGAUCCAUAUGGGAUGCAUCAACAUGGGCCACGGAGGAUGGAAAAUACAAAGCCGACUACAAUUACCAACCAUUUAUCGGAAGGUACAACAAUUUCAAACUAGGUGGGUGCACAGCCGAUGGCCAUACUACAACCUCAUGCCAGCCGCCCUCGGCCUCGCCCUCCGGCGCAACGGGGCUGAGCCAGCAGCAGAACUCAGCCAUGGAGUGGGUGCAGAGGAACUACUUGGUGUAUGACUAUUGCCAGGACCCCAAGAGAGACCAUACACAAACACCUGAGUGUUGA